AUGGACUUCAGGAAGCCGCAUCCUCGUCACAUCGUCACCACCCGAAGCCUUGGCAGACCAGAUGACGGCCCCGACGCAAGCUACAGCGAGCGACGCGACCAACGGAGCAACUCCUCCGCGGAGGCGGCAUCGGCUAUGCCCUCAAAUUCAAUGGCAAAUAUGAACUUCGCGCCCCCUGCAAGACAUGGAUUGCCAUGGAAUUCCUCUCCUACCUCCACGACGAAUUGUUCUCAAGGUGGCCUAUCAGCUGCUGGAAAAAGGUUGGCCGAACUUCUAGCCAGGACGCCGGAUCUACUGGAUUAUCUAAUACCAAGACUAAAGAUGCGAUUCAAAGAUGUAGAGAAAGCAAGGGAAUUUUAUAACAGAUACGCUAGACACGCUGGUUUUGGAAUUAGGAAGACGGGGGGAAAUGACAACCACAAGUAUUUUGUUUGUGCCUUCCAAGGGAUACACACAUCUUCUGUUUCAGAGGCCAACAGGAAGCGAAACAAAACAUUACAGAGGACGGGCUGCAAUGCAAGAAUGAGGGUGAAGGUGCAGGAGGAUGACACAUGCAUGGCAGUGGACAUUGAGUACAAUCAUAAUCACCAGCUCAUGCAAAUUGAUGACAUGCUGGUAUUUUUGCACUCACACAAGAAUUACGACCCCACUAUUUUGGAGUACGUAAAGCUCCUGCAGUACCAUGAUGUCAAGCACACAACAAUCAUGUCGAUGCUAUCUGAAAAUGAAGAUGGAAGCUACUUCCUAAGCAUGACCGGACGAGACCUACUAAACCAGAAAGCCAUGAAUGCAAGGAAAGAUGAUUUGGAUGAUGUAUUGAAACUUGUUUCAUUCUUCAAAGACAUGAAGGCAGUAAAUGAUGAGUUUUUCUAUGACAUCCAAGUGGACAAGGACAAGUCAAUUAAAAACAUUUUUUGGUCCAAUGCAAGCUACCGAGGAGCCUAUCAAGACUUUGGCGAUUGCAUAACAUUCGACACAACUUACAAGACCAACAUAUUUCAUAUGCCUCUGGGAGUGUUUGUUGGAACAAACCAUCACUUGCAGUCAACGAUAUUUGCUGUUGCCCUGAUAAGAGACGAAGAUGCAAAGUCAUUCAAGUGGCUGUUCGAUACAUUUGUACGGUGCAUGAACAACAAGCACCCAACUUGCAUUCUAACAGACCAAUGCCCAUCGAUGGCGAAAGAUAUACCACAAUCAUUUCCAAACACCGUCCACAAGCUAUGCCGUUGGCACAUCAUGAAGAAGUACAGGGAAUACCUCGCGUUGCUCUACAAAAAGUAUAAAACAUUCAAAGAGGAGUUCACAGAUAUAUUAAACUGGUUGCUGAUGCCAACGGAGUUUGAAGAUGCCUGGGCCCAACUCGUGCACAACUACAACCUGGAGAACGACCAGAUGAUGAUGCAGCUCUGGAGUGAUAGGAAGAUGUGGAUUUCAGCAUAUUACAAGAACAUUUUCUGUGCUAGAAUGACUUCGACACAACGAAGCGAGAGCAUGAACCACGUGCUAAAGAAAGGGUUUGUCAAGGGGACCCAGAACCUACACAACUUUGCUAGGCGGACCAAUCCUGUGACAAAAACAACUUACGACUACGAGGAAGACAUGUCUAUCAAGUACACGAGAGCCGUGUACACCGAGAUGAGGAAUAGGAUGAGAAAGGCCACGCUAUUUCACGUUGUAGCUGACCCAGAGAAUGAAAUAUACGAGUGUGAAUGCAAGCUCUGGACACACACAGGCCUGCUCUGCCUUCACAUCAUGAACAUACUGGACUACCUCAAGCCUGACAAAUUUCCAAACAACUCAAGGCUAUCGAAGCAAGACAUCUUGCUGCAGCUGAAUUUGAUGGUUAACAAGAAAGCGAUGAGAUGUGACCAGCAAUAUGACAGAGCCUACUAUGUUCUCAAGAGGCUCGUGGAAGAGGUUGAUGCAAUACAUUCAGCAAAUCAAGCGGAUGCUGACGAAAGGAUGGCUGAAGAGGACGCUGAAAUUGAAGACGACCUUCAUUAUUAUGCAGCUGAAAUGCUCAACGCCGCCGCUGAAGCCAACCAAUGCAAGCAGGGUGAUGGCCAAUCAAUGGAGCAGCGACAGCAAGAGACGAUGAAACUGCCACUGUAUUCUGAAACAAAGGGUAGGAAGAAAAUUACUGCAGCAAAGAAAAGUGGCAAGAGAGCUCAAAUAAAGGCACCACCUGUAGGAAGAGUCGUCGUGCUCGAUGAGAACGGAGUGCCACUUGGACACAGGAAAUGUAGUGUGUGCAACCAGGUUGCGGGACACAACAAGAUGACCUAUCCAACACUCAUGGAAAGAAAUAAUGAUGAGGAGGUCAAGCAACCCAAAUCUCAAAAACAGCAACCCAAAGUUAUGGAACAAAAGAAGGGACCACACCCAAAGAAAGCAAGCAGCUGA